CGUACUGCGAACGCCAUCUUGGCUCUACCAUCAGGGAAGCGUUAUGGGUUGCCUUCACGCGGCGCCAUUUUGGCUCAUCGGGAUAUUGGGAGACGGAUUUGUGGAACUCGGGGCUAUUGGCAGCAUCCGACUAUAACGGUGGACGUCGCGUUUGAUGUGUCUGAUGUAAUUUCGGCCUUGACAAGAAGCAAGACUCCAAACUGGAGAUCCUCUGCUUGGGUUCGGAUAGCGGAUUACAUAUCCAUAUGAUAUGUUGGGGUAGGGUAAGCCGUUUGAGAUACAGGGCGUACACAGUGCAAUCAAGACAGGACCGAACCGGCUGUUCCGUCGUCAGCUAGCCCAUUAACUCAGAAAUUCAAGCAUUUUCCAUAGGUCUGUUAGCUUGCGGUGAAGCUCUGCACUUUGCUCUGACCUGGACUUCUUAGUGGAUUUUGCUGAUGGAGUCCAAUACUUUGCAUCAUAUUUCGAUAAAAUAAGGCUGACCCGAGUCAUGCAAUUGUUUCAUUGCACAGGAGGAAAAUGUCCAACCCUUGCGUUAUGGUCUGUGGUUCCCGUUGAGCUAGCCCGCUAGGUGGCUAGCCAGCUCACCGGGAUAUCUAUACCAGAGAAGGUGGGGCGGGCGAACUUGCACUCUUGACUAACCGACGCUUUUAUCUUCAUCGAAUUUGGGACUAUUCCAGUGUUACGGACCUGCUAUCAUAACACAAUCCAUUAAUUCAGUGUGCAAUUCCGAAGCGAGCUCUCCCUCUUUUACCUUUGCACAAUGGCGGACGACGACGUGCUUUUCGAGGAUGUCUACGAGUUGUGUGAAGUGAUUGGCAAGGGACCCUUUAGCGUGGUACGCCGCUGCAUCAACAGGGAUACAGGCCAGCAGUUUGCUGUAAAGAUCGUCGAUGUGGCCAGCUUCACCUCCAGUCCUGGCCUCAGCACUGAAGAUCUGAAGCGAGAGGCCAGCAUCUGCCAUAUGCUGAAACAUGCACACAUUGUGGAGCUGCUGGAGACAUACAGCUCUGAUGGCAUGCUCUACAUGGUGUUUGAAUUUAUGGAUGGAGCUGAUCUCUGUUUUGAAAUUGUGAAGAGAGCUGAUGCUGGAUUUGUGUACAGUGAGGCUGUAGCCAGCCACUACAUGAGGCAAAUUUUGGAAGCACUUCGCUACUGCCAUGACAACAAUGUGAUACAUCGUGAUGUCAAGCCUCACUGUGUGCUACUGGCCUCAAAGGAGAAUUCUGCUCCAGUCAAACUUGGAGGCUUUGGAGUGGCUAUACAGCUGGGCGAGUCGGGCCUGGUUGCUGGAGGUCGUGUUGGCACUCCCCAUUUCAUGGCACCGGAGGUUGUCAAGAGAGAGCCAUAUGGCAAGCCAGUGGAUGUGUGGGGAUGCGGGGUGAUCCUCUUUAUCCUCCUUUCUGGCUGCCUGCCGUUCUAUGGCACAAAGGAUCGCCUUUUUGAGGCCAUCAUCAAAGGAAAAUACAAGAUGAAUCCACGCCAGUGGGCCCACAUCUCAGAAAGUGCCAAAGACCUAGUGAGACGCAUGUUAAUGCUGGACCCUGCAGAAAGGAUCACCGUUUACGAAGCUCUCAACCACCCCUGGCUGAAGGAGAGGGACAGGUAUGCCUACAAGAUCCACCUUCCUGAAACGGUGGAACAGCUGAGGAAAUUCAAUGCUAGAAGGAAACUAAAGGGUGCAGUACUGGCUGCUGUGUCAAGCCACAAGUUUAAUUCUUACUAUGGUGAUCCUCCUGAGGAGCUUCAUGACUUUUCAGAUGACCCAACCGCCUCAGGGGCAGUAUCACAGGUUCUCGACAGUCUCGAGGAGAUUCAUGCUUUGACAGACUGUAGUGAGAAAGAUAUGGACUUUCUCCACAGUGUCUUCCAGGAUCAACAUCUCCACACCCUGUUAGAUUUGUACGACAAAAUUAACACAAGGUCAUCUCCACAAAUUCGAAAUCCUCCGAGUGAUGGUGUGCAGAGAGCCAAAGAGGUACUGGAGACGAUCUCCUGUUAUCAAGACAACAUAGAGGCCAAGGAGCUCAGAAGGAUCCUCACACAACCACACUUCAUGGCUCUGCUACAGACUCAUGAUGUGGUUGCCCAUGAGGUCUACAGUGACGAGGCACUUAGAGUGACACCCCCGCCCACAUCCCCUUACUUGAACGGAGACUCACCAGACAGCACCAACGGAGACAUGGACAUGGAGAAUGUUACCAGAGUCCGCCUGGUCCAGUUCCAGAAGAACACAGAUGAGGCCAUGGGCAUUACGCUGAAAAUGAACGAGCUCAACCAUUGUAUUGUGGCCCGGAUCAUGCAUGGUGGAAUGAUUCAUCGUCAAGGGACCCUGCAUGUCGGAGAUGAAAUCAGAGAAAUUAAUGGUAUCAGUGUUGCCAAUCAAACAGUGGAACAGCUCCAAAAAAUGCUUAGGGAGAUGAGGGGAAGCAUCACGUUCAAGAUAGUACCCAGUUACCGGUCCCAGUCCAAGUCUUGUGAGAAGGAGUCACCAGAUUUGUCUCAACAUUUGGCCGCCAACGGUCAUGCAAGUGUCACCAGCUCCAUCCAGGAUCUUCCAGCAACAAUUCAGCCCAAAGCUCGUCAGAUCUCCAGACCUGCUAUCCAGGACAAAUUGUCCAUCAAGAUCUAUGUCCGUGCUCAGUUUGAGUAUGAUCCGGCAAAAGAUGACCUCAUACCUUGUAAGGAAGCAGGAAUUCACUUCAGGGUGGGUGACAUCAUUCAGAUUAUCUCCAAGGAUGAUCACAAUUGGUGGCAGGGUAAACUAGAGAAUACCAAGAACGGCACAGCAGGCCUCAUCCCUUCACCAGAGCUGCAGGAGUGGCGUGUAGCAUGUAUAGCCAUGGAGAAGACCAAACAAGAACAGCAAGCCAGUUGCACGUGGUUUGGCAAAAAAAAGAAACAGUACAAAGACAAGUACUUGGCCAAGCACAAUGCAGUGUUUGACCAACUAGACCUGGUGACAUAUGAGGAAGUGGUCAAGCUGCCUUCGUUCAAGAGGAAAACACUGGUUUUGCUUGGUGCGCAUGGUGUAGGCAGGAGGCACAUCAAGAACACGCUUAUCACAAAACAUCCAGAUCGCUUUGCCUAUCCUAUCCCUCACACGACUCGGCCUGCGAAGAAAGAUGAGGAAAAUGGAAAGAAUUACUACUUUGUAUCCCAUGACCAGAUGAUGCAGGACAUCAGCAACAAUGACUACCUGGAGUAUGGCAGUCAUGAAGAUGCCAUGUAUGGAACCAGGCUGGAGACUAUUAGGCAGAUCCACGCUCAGGGCAUGAUCUCCAUUCUGGAUGUUGAGCCGCAGGCACUAAAAAUUCUCAGAACCGCAGAGUUUGCUCCCUAUGUUGUCUUCAUCGCAGCUCCCACUAUCACGCCAGGCCUCACAGAGGAUGACUCCCUGCAGCGGCUCCAGAAAGAAUCGGAGAUGCUGCAGCAGACGUACGCUCACUACUUUGACCAGACCAUCAUCAACAACGAGAUAGACGACACCCUGCGACUGCUAGAGGAGGCUGUGGAUCUGGCGUGCAACACCCCUCAGUGGGUCCCAGUGUCCUGGGUGUACUGACAGGAUUGCAGCAGAAACUCAGAUCACUGAAGCAUCCACGGGUGCUCCGGAACAGAUUUGCGACAUUGGUGCAAUCACCUGGAAUGUCACCUAAUCAAAAUCCUGUGUUGUGUAGAUGAAGUUACAAUAGGGUGAGAAAUAACUGUGCCACCUCAUGAGGACUACAUUCUGGCCCUUUUUGUCUUUCAAUGGCCUUCUGGGUCUUAAUAUGUACACAUAUAUACAUGAUCUAUCUGAAAUGAUAUCAAUGCUAAAAAAACGUUAGUUGAAUAUGAAGAGUUUGUUUUCAAAACGAGACAUAGGCAUUUUUUUCAGAUUUACGAAACUCGCGCCAAAAUUAUCCAUUCGAAGCUGGAUAAUUUUGGCGCGAGUUUCGUAAAUCUGAAAAAAAUGCCCAUGUCUCGUUUUGAAAACAAACUCUUCAUAUGGUUCUGUGCUUACAUAGUUGAUGGCUGCGUGGGGUGUGUUCUAUAUUUUCUACAUUUCUUUUCAAUGUAAUGAAUGACUGAUAACACUGACAAGGCAAUAGAAAGCAUGACCUGAGGCAGUUGUGCAUGGGUCCUCAAAGGCAUUCUGUGGAACCCUCCAUGUGCCCAAACCAGUUGAACUUUCAAGCACAUUAGAAGCUGCCACAGUGUGCACAAGUCAGUUGCUGGACACCAAACCUAACAAAAAGCACAGGAAACUUGGCAGUUUCAUUCUCCAGCCUCUUAUUUAUUCCACCACUUUGUCAAAUGAGGAAGUUUUUUCAACUCACCUCUUGUAUCCCGUGUCCCCUCCCCAACCUCUGAUCGUCUUUGUUUACAUCCGAAUUUGCACAAAAAAAAAACAAGACAAUGAAGAUCAUCUUGUUAGCUCACACAUUUUCGUGUGGUAGUAGCCUGCUCCUCGCCCCCGCAAGGAGCACAGUGUGUGAUCCUGGAGGUACAUCUGGCACUCAAGGAGGGGGCGGGGGGUGGGACUGGGGGGGGGGGGUUUGGUGAAGCAAAAUUGUACUGCCUUAAUGAGGCAUGGGGAAGAAGUUUGUAACAUCUAUGCACACCCCCUGUUUCUCUUGGGCAGACUGCCAGGGCCAUUGUUUUACUUUACUGUAUUACUACUACUGUGCUAGAGGAGAGUUGAACUUCACGUAGGUUGGACGUAUCAAAUGUUAGAGCUGACAUUUUGGAACUGAACAUUUGUGUUUAUUAAAAAAAAAAACCAACAAAAUACAAGCAUUUUUGUUUUGAGGAUGAGUAAACAAGUAAAAAAAAAAAAUGUGUAAAUGUUUCAAUGGUAUGUCAUAUGCGUGACCUCCAGAGAGCCAUUGUUUAAUAAUGUUGAAAAGAUGCUCUUUGUGUAACAAUGUUGACGCUUUACCAAAAGUAGCACAACGUUCCCUGUCACCAGUGACGUCAUUAUUAUUUUCCAGAGUACAGUUGCUUUUGUGCCUCUUGGUGUUCUCAUUUUAAGUUGUGUGUAAAUGACCUCUGUAAAUGUCCAAAGCAGAUCUUGUGUAUGACUUUUUUUUUUGUUAUUUCAUUUUGUAAAGAAAAAAAUAUACAGUAUCUUGAAUUGAA